GGCGUCUCCGUGGUGGUGAAUCUGUGAAUCUCGCAAAAUAUCUACACUGGCUAGGCUAGGCCAUUAAAUGGAAAACAUUCGCAACCAUGAAUUGUGAAAUGAGAAAUAAGCUACAGUUACUAUCUCUUUAUGUUCAAAAUCUCCCCGAAACCAUUCCUUUGAUUCUAAUGUGAGUAACAUUUUUUCGCAUGUUUAGUUCUCAGUCUCAUAAUGACUACACAGAAACUAAAAACACCAUACAAACCUCUCGUCAAGUGGCGUGAUAUGGAAUCCACUAUCCUUGGCAAGCGGUCCGCUGAAGAUUUGCCUCCUGCUGGUCAAAUGCCUCCUCCACCUGAAGCAAGGACAGUGGACUCGGACUCGGACUCACUGGCAGAAGAGUUUGACGAUGGCGCAGAUUGGUUGGAUGCUCCAGCUGCUCUUUCAGAGUUUAGGACAGCGGAGAAAGAUUCGUUCGUGCUUGCGGCAUCCAGCGGUAUUGAUUUGGUGCACCAGUCGGGUUCCGCACCAACAAAGAAGGCCGCAAAAACCUUGUCUCCGUCCGUCCCUGACCCUUCUGCUUGGGACGAGUGGAAAGUUGA